AUGGAAGUGGACGCCGGUAACGAGGAGCAAGCUCGAACGGCACGACAAGCAGAAAACGGGAAUGGAGCCGCGAGCGGGAGUGGGAGUGUGAACAAGGACAACGACGACGGCAAGUUCAAGGUGCCGGAAAGGGAAUUCCCUAUCCCUACCCGCAAGAUCAUCCAGAUCGAAGGUCGACGGCGGGACGACCUCGUCCCCCACCAAGGCCUCACCUCUUCCCAUUCCAAUUCCAACGUCGCGACGAAACCUUCCACCAGGAACCAAGCUCAGUCGUUCAAUCAACCAGGACAAGCACAAAUACAAGCGCCGGAAAAGAUGGAUGGGUUGACGAGAGAAUUGUACGCCUUGAUCGGGGACAACGCGCCGUCAUUAGCCCAGGUGAGGGCGGAACUGGCUGGGCUGGGCGGGGUUGGCGGGAGUGGGCGACAAACUCCCUUCCAACCCUCUAACCGCUCGACUCCCCUUACGCUGCACCACUGGAGACCCCUCCCCACGGCUCCCAUUAUACAAGGGACAGCGGGGAAGGUAGAGGAGAAGGACCCGUUCGAGGCUUUCGGGAGGGAAGGGAACGGGCCGAACGUCAUGAGUUAUAGUCAGGUGGAGUAUGAGGCUUGGUUGACCGACGACAAAUGGACCCCACACGAGACCAACUACCUCUUUUCUCUGCUCAAGACGUACGAUCUUCGAUUCCUCGUGGUGACCGAUCGGUACGCUUACGUUCCCCCUGGUGGGAAGACGGGACAAGACGGGACGAUGGAGGAGAUCAAGGAUCGGUACUACACCGUGUGUAGGCGGUUGUUACGAAAUAGACCCGCUGUGGACGAAGCGUUCAAGGAGAAGAUGGUCAAGGCUUUCGAUUACGAUAUACAUCGCGAGGUGGCAAGGAAAAAGUACGCCAACUCGUUGUUCCACUUGACCCGCCCGCAGAUGCUGGAAGAAGAAGCCCUUUAUGUCGAGCUCAAACGGAUGGAACAGACUGAACGGCGGUACCGCUCCGACAGGGAAGAGUUGAUGCGCGUCAUGGGCGGUUUGGAUUCCGGCGUCCUCGUGCCUGGAGAACAGGGGAACAGGGCGUUUGGAAGAGGGGAAGCGAUCGGGGUCGGAGUCGCGAGAGGUGCGGAUGGAAGCGUUUUGGCGGACAAGUUGAAGAAGAGGAGGAGGGGCGAGGAUGGGGAACCGGCACAGGACGUGGACAUGCCACCUCCGCCGCCCGUCAAGAAAAAGGUCGAUCCAAUGUUCGGUGAGUAUGAACGGAAUAACAUCACUCGGGUUCCGCCCCAACCGGGUCAACUCACGACCUCUCGUAACACGCAUCAACCCGUCUACCUCCGAUCCACGCGCUUGCCAACGCCAAAACCCCACCUGGCGACCAAGACGAACGCGCUCUUGUCCCAGAUGUCUAUCUCGACCGUCCGACUGGUCAUGCCCACAAGGGACAAUGUCGUCGCACUCGAAAAGGUCAUUCAUUCUGCAGAAGGCUUGGUCGAGAUGAAACGGCUCGUGGAUCGGGUCGAGGUCGAAGUGAGAACGUUGAAGGCACAGCGGGAUGGUAUCGUGCCAACGCCCGCGGGUGCUGCAACCGGUUCGGCCGCCGUACCGGUAGAUUCAAGUGGCUCAGCUGGCGUGGAGGAUCUGACGCCGAAAUCGGAGGACGGACCCGAGAUGACAGGAUCGGUACCCAAGAGCGUGAGUGCACAGGCUCGACGGGUCAUCUUUUAG